AUGGGCCAAAAACUGUUUAGCAAGGUUCUUAAAGCAACAUUCUAUGGACAAUUUGUUGCUGGAGAGGAUCGAGAUGAGGUGAUACCAACCGUGGCGAAAAUGCAAAAGUUUGGAGUGAAAUCAAUUUUCGAUUACAGUGUUGAAAAAGACAUUUCUAAAGAAGAGGCACGGAAGAAGGCAUUGGAGCAUGUGAAGGACGCAGGACAAGUCAAGAGCACACCGUUAAAUGAAGUGGUUGAUGAGGGAACGGUCGCUAAAACUCAUCGUAAGUACAAUGUUUAUGAAGAAUUUGCAGAUCGACGUCAGAAUGUUGUUAGUGCAAGGACAUAUUUCUAUGAAGGAGAACAGGAAUGUGAUCGGAACUGUGAAAUAUUCUGUGAAAGUAUUGAUGCUGUUGCAUCAACAACAAAUGGACUUGGAUUUUCAGCAAUUAAAAUCACCGCGCUUGGGAGACCAGCACUUCUUCUAAAAGUAUCUGAGUUUAUCGCUCAAACACAAAAUUUUUUCAAAGCGAUAACUGGGUCAACAUGGGAAAAUCUUGUUCUCAGCAAAAUUGAUGAAAAACGAUUCCUUCAAAAGCUACAGGACUAUGGAAUUAAAACAGACAGUAAAAUGGUUCAAGAAUGGUUCAAGUCGGCCGAUUUCGAUCAAGAUGGAUUUGUUGAUUUUUAUGAUUGGACUGAAGUUAUUGAUGAGCAAAAGAAAUUGCAUGAAUUGUUCCAGGUUUUCAAUAUUAAAACUCAAAAAAUUGAACCAUUGAUAGUGAAACUGAGUGAUGAAGAGGAGCAGGAGUUUGCAAACAUGGUUGAUCGAGUGCUAAGAGUUGUUGAUUACGCGAUCAGUAAAGGCGUUCGCAUCAUGAUCGAUGCCGAACAAACAUACUUCCAACCGGCCAUUUCACGUCUAACAAUGGCUUUGAUGCGAAAACAUAAUAAAGAGAAAGGAUGGGUAUUCAACACGUAUCAAGCUUACCUGAAGAACUGUUUACGCUAUGUCGAGUUGGAUAUGCAUAUUGCAAGGCGUGGCAAUUUUCAUUUCGGCUGUAAACUUGUUCGAGGUGCUUACAUGGAGCAAGAACGUCAGCGAGCGGCAACAAUUGGUUAUGAAGAUCCAAUAAAUGAGAAUCUUGAGGCAACUGCAAAUAUGUACAAUCGGGUCCUCGAGAGAAUCAUUGAGGAACGAGAUUCUCGAGGUCCAGGUAAAGUGUCAGUAAUGGUUGCAUCUCAUAACGAAGAUUCCACAAGAUUCGCCGUUCAGUUAAUGAAAGAUAAAUGCAUUGCGCCGUCUGAAAAAGUCAUCUGUUUUGCUCAACUUCUUGGAAUGUGUGAUCAGAUUUCAUUUUCACUCGGUCAAGCUGGCUAUUCUGUUUACAAGUACGUUCCAUACGGUCCCAUUGAUGGCGUUUUACCAUAUUUGUCUAGAAGAGCACAAGAGAAUAGUGGAUUGCUAACAGCAGCCAAAAAGGUUCGAUUAUUCCCGUUUCAAAUCACUAUUGUUAACGAAAGCAUUAAGAUAAUAUAG